AUGGAGGAGGAUCCAGAGCUCCUGUUGAAGCUCAAGGGCUUGAUGAAGGCAGCACUUGCCAGAUCCAAUGACUUGCUAGUGAACGAUGCCCUGAGGCUCCUGAGCCGGCUUAUGCGGAAACGAGGCUUGAUUAUGGAGCCCAAAGCCUUCAGGGGAAUCUCACGAAAGAUGCUUCAAAGCGCUUUGCUGAUGCAGUGUCCUGACCUCGAUCAGCUCGAGGCCGGUGUUGCUUCUAUCAGCGCAGGGUCAUUUUGGGCGCAGAGCCUCUCGAAUGAGCGGCAGAAGCAAGAAUUCUUCCGCAGAAACGAGCAACUCAUGGCUCAGCUGGUGAAUCACGACCUGCCAUUGUGGUUGGGGUGCCCUUCGGCCCGCGAUGCCGAUGCCUUCCGCCUUCGCGUGCACUGUCUCCUGCAGUUGCCUCGGCUGGCAGACGCGAAGGGCAAGCAGAUGUUGAUCGUGGAGAUUGCAGACGUAGGACCUUGCUUGGGCUGGGCCGAGCCUUGCUCUCGCGGCUGUGUCCAGCUGCUCACUAAGUACGGUCUCUCCCCGAUCUUUUUCACCGAUGGGAACGGUUCACUUGUAGAGCGUCGCCUGCAGCACGACCCAGACUUGGACGUUCCGUAUAAAACUUAUGCGAGACGUCUCAGUGAUGACCGUAUCUCGGAGAGGGCAUGGAUCGACGUUUCACGCAAGAUAGAGAUGGAAGGGGCAGAGCGGACAGAAGUGUGUUUCAUGCUUGAUAGCGAUGAAUGUGGGGUUUGA